AUGAAAAGAAGAAGGCAAUCAAGCACUUUAUGGCUCAUCCUGACUGUUAUUGGAGUAGUCACAUGGGUGUACUCUACCAGAGUUCUCAUUUUGAAAGUGUCAAAGAAACAUGUUCAGAAAUCUGGAUUGACAAAAUCAGACGUUAAACAUUACUUGUUGCGCCCACAAAGGACACUGACUCAAAACAACAAUAGGGAUGGACACUAUUUCCAAGUAAAACAAAAUAAAGAAGUUUAUAAUAUUCUUCACAAAGAAGGGGGAUUUUUUGUUGACAUUGGUGCGCAUGAUGGUCAGUUUUUAUCCAAUACACUUUGGCUGGAGAGACGACACAACUGGACAGGUCUCCUGAUAGAAGCAAACCCUGACCUCUGUUAUAAAAUUGAUCAACUAAAAAGAAACGCAUGGAGGCUAUGUGCUUGUGUAUCUAGUACUCAAAAGAACAUUUCAUUUAUUAAAAGCAGUGGUGUAGGUGGCAUCGCAAACCAUAUUGAUAAACACCACAUCAAAACGUCAAACAAGAAAAACACAAUAAUUGUACCCUGCUUCAGCUUCGAGCAGAUUUUCGUCACGAUAGGUGUCAACCAUAUUGAUUUUUAUGCAUUAGACAUUGAAGGGGCAGAAAUGGCUGUCCUUGAAUCCAUGAAAUCAGGACUCAAGACAGGUACCUUCACAGUGGAUGUUUGGUCCAUUGAAUAUAGAGUAUGGGAUGGUCAAAAGAUAGUCGUUGAGAAAUCAAAAAAGAAUCUGAAAGAAAUAAGAGACUAUUUCAAACAUAUUCGGGGAUAUUUUGAACAUUUACAGUUAUCAACAGGCGGUAAUGGUAAGAAUAGAUAUGCUCUUGAUUUAGUGUUUGUUCGAAUUUCGACAUGGUGUAAAACAAGAGAUAGUUUCCCAAACGGAACAAGCUGCCCUGGAAAGGAGAAAGUCUACAACAUCAACAAAUAUCUUAAAGCUCCUCAUCCUUACCGAAAACUAGAGAAUGCAGACCACUUGCAUUCACAAGCCAAGCAAGACCAAGUUGUUUAUGAAAUUGUUAAAAAAGAUAGAGGAUUUUUUGUUGAUAUUGGCGCUUACGACGGACGAUUCUUAUCCAAUACGUUAUGGUUAGAACGAAAACAUAACUGGACGGGACUUUUAAUUGAAGCUAAUCCAGGUUUGUGCCUAAGAAUAGACCAGGUAAGGCGCCAUGCCUGGAGAAUGUGUGCAUGUCUCUCUAAUUCACAGAAAUCGGUCUCAUUUAUUAGAGGAGAUACCAUUGGUGGAGUUGAGCAACAUAUUGACAAAUAUAAUAUCAAAAUGUUAAACAAACAAAACAAAGUAGUUGUCCCUUGUUUUAGUUUGGAAGAAGCGUUGAAUAUAAUUAAAGUCUUUCAUAUUGAUUUCUAUUCCCUGGACGUUGAAGGCGCGGAAUUGGCGAUCCUGGAAUCGCUGAAGGAUGGACUCAGGUCGAAGCGUUUUACAGUAGACGUUUGGACGAUUGAAUACAGAGUCUGGGACGGCCAAAGGGUUAUUGUGGAUAAAUCUCUUGAAAAUCUUUAUGCAUUGAGAAAAUAUUUUCAAGAAAUCGGUGGAUACAGCGAACAUUCCCAGCUUUCCAACGAUGGAAAUUUUACAGACGGAUAUGCCCUAGAUGUCGUGUUUGUACGUAAUGAGAUGUGGUGCAAGUCUCAUGAAAAAUUAACAAAUGGUGCAUUGUGUUCAAAAUAUGGUUGA